AUGGAUGGUUUAUCCUCGCCGGCGAGCGUUAUCGCGGUCAUUCAAAUAACAGGAAGCAUUAUAAAGCUUUGCGGGGGUUACAUUCAAGAGGUGAAAGAUGCACGAGACGAGAUGUUGAAGCUCCAAGGGUCAAUUGCAGGCCUCCAAGGAACACUCAAAGACCUGCACAAAGUCCUUCAAAGUAACGACGGAAAGACCCUAGCUACCUCCUCGCGACUAGUCAGCAGUAUUACCGAUUGCCACUCCGACCUCCGAAGCUUAGAGGCGAGACUUGACCCCGGAAAGGGAAAGAAGAUGAUGAGGAAAGUAGGAUUCCGAGCGUUAAAGUGGCCCCUGAAGCGCACAGAGGUGGAGCGCGUUACUCAGAACCUCGAAAAAUAUAAAUCUUCCUUCCUCCUAUCCUUACAGGUAGAUCACAGUUCAAUGAUGGUCGGCGUGGUCCAAAAUACCGAUCGUAUCAAUGAAUAUAUAGAUCUUUGGAAGUUGGAAGGCGCGAUGGAGGCAGGGUUUGACUCUUUCUCCGAUCGAUACGAUGCCCAAUGUGUCGAAGGCACUAGGACCGAGCUCCUCCAGCAGAUAAUGGAAUGGGCUGUGUCGCCGUCUCACAAACGCAUAUUUUGGUUAAAGGGAAUGGCUGGGACAGGAAAAUCUACAAUAUCUCGGACCGUGGCAAGGCUGCUCAAUGAUGCCCACCGUCUGGGGGCUAGCUUUUUCUUUAAAAGGGGUGAAGGGGACCGAGGGCACGCAAAGAAGUUCUUUCUGACACUAACAAGGCAAUUGAUGCUUAGGAUCUCUGAGCUGAGAUCUGGUGUCCAAAAGGCAUUCGACCAUGAUCCUGACGUCGCUUCAAAAUCGCUUAGGGAGCAGUUUGAGAAACUACUCCUUCAACCGCUGCUUACCCUUGACCAACCCGGUCGACAACCUCAGACUACCGUGAUAGUCAUCGACGCUUUAGACGAAUGUGAACAUGAUCGAGAUAUCCGAAGUAUCAUUCAAUUACUGCCUCUCCUCCAUAAGGCAAAAGCGGUUCUCCUUCGGAUCUUCUUAACUAGUAGGCCUGAACUCCCAAUCAGCCUCGGCUUUUCAGACAUCGCGGAUCAUGAAUAUCAGAACCUAGCUCUUCAUGAGAUACCUAAAGAAGUGACAGAACACGACAUACGUUUAUUCCUACGGGACCGAUUUGCCAAGAUCAAACAAGAUAGAAAUAUUUUCUAG